AUUCACAGAAUUGGUAGACAAUUCCACAGCACGGCCAGGUAGCAUCCAUGCCCACUGUAUUCAGUGCUCUCUAAUUUGAGGCACAAUCUAUCUUGUGUCAUUUCAGCUGCCAUUCCAAGUUCUCCUUGCAAGACUGAUGGCACCAACUCUGUUCCACCAUCUUUUUCGUUGAUGCCCGACAGGACACUCCCCUGUUGAACUCGCCAUGCCUCUUUAUCAGUCCAACUCAUCAAGUCGUAGGAGGGCUCAAGAUGUCUUGCCUUUGCCUCGGAACUUCAUCUCCAUCAGCGAGUUACUUGAUGACAGUCAGGCCCAGGGCAAAGAAGUGAGCUUGAUAGGGGUGGUCAAGGAUUGCAAGCUACCCAUUCCAACUAAAGGCGGGGACCAUAAAAGCUCUCUCACUUUAUAUGACCUUUCCACCCAAGGAGAUGCCGAGGGCAUCGAGCUCAACAUCUUCCGCCCGUCACAUGAAAUGCCCAUAGUCGAGGCCGGUGAUGUAGUCGUGGCCUACAGGGUAAAACGCCAGAAUCGUGGAGGCAAUCCCUCCCUGCUCACCUCAUAUCGCACCAACAUGCAUAUUUACGAGGCCAGGCAGAUUCCCAGGCCAGGCUCUUCUCAGUCCGUGGCGGCCGCCCUGAGAAGCCCUCGACGCGAUGUCAGCCUGAAGCUUGGGGAAAAGGAGAACGAGUAUGUCGUAUGGCUCUACGACACCAUAGAUAAGCAGCACAUCCCUGACCGAGAGGAAUUUGCCGCCCGGGCCGAGCUGUCCAUGAACGUCAGAGACCGUUUCAGUCUCCUUGCCAACGUCCAGGACCACAAGUUCGUCGACCUCAUCGUGCAGGUUGUCCGGAAGCCAUAUGAUGAGGGCGAUAGGGUAUCCAUGUGGGUCUCCGACUGGACCGAGAACGCCAGCUUCUUCCACAAGACAGAUGACAGCCCAGGCUGCACAGACGGCACGCCUGUGCGUGACGGCGACCCAUACGGCUAUAUAAGCAAGUCCAAGAAGACGGCAGACAAUGGAGAAGUCGAAGGAAAGUGGCAUGGCCCCCUCGGCAAGCGUUCUUUACAGCUCACCUGUUGGGAGCCUCAUGCCGAUUACAUACGAGACCAGGUCGACGUUGGCGACUGGGUGCACCUGCGAAAAGUUCAGAUUGCAUAUGGCCAUAAUUCUGCAAACCUUGAGGGCUUCCUCCGCGGGGAGCAAGGACAUUCGAAUUUCUCGGACCAAAUCAAGGUCCAAAUCCUAGACCCCCAGGGAGUCGCGAGUGACAAAGUGGAUCCUCGCCUACGUGACGCCAUCAGGAGGAAGCGGGACUACGAGAAUGAGAAGAAGAAAAAGAAUGGCCAACCCAAGAGCGUGCCCAAGCGAAAGGCGGAGGAAUCCUCGCAGAAAGAGAAUGCGAAGACCAAACGGGCAAAAAAACGAGCCGAAAAACAGAGGACAUUCGAGGAGGUUGAGGCAAAGGAAACCAGAGAGCAGUCCAUCCCGGACCUGAAUGAUCUGGUCAAAUGUGAGAACCCGGACACGAAACCCAGGCCUCUUUCGUCUAUACUCGAGCCAGUCACCUACCCCACCACCCUCGCCAACGAGUCGGUAUCCCUCGAGCUCCCCUUCAACUGCUCCAAGGACCGCACCCACGCCCGCGUCGUGGACUUCCACCCGUCCAAGCUCGAGGACUUUGCGGUCAGCCGUCGGCGCACCGAUAACGAUUGUCUAUCCGACAACAGCGCGGACGACAUCGACCCGGACUCGGACUCGGACGACCAGGGCAGCGGUGCCCGACACAGCAGCCGCAACCGCGUCUGGGAGUGGCGCUUCGCCCUCAAGCUCGAGGAGGCUCGCCCACCCGCCCUCGUCGCCAAGAAGGACAGGAGGCCGGCCACGGUCUGGGUCCUCGUCGGCAACCCCCAGGCCCAGCUGCUCACGGGCAUGGACGCGCAGGACCUGCGCGCCGCCCCGCACGGGGAGGAGGCCCUGGGCAGGCUCCGCGAGCAGAUGUUCAAGCUCUGGGGCGACCUGGAGGAGCGCAAGGUGGAUGUGGAGGCGCGUAAGUGGGAGGCGAGGGAGAGGGUACAGCGGGGCAUGCCGCCGCCCAGCUCUGGCGCUGGCGGGGAGGAGGUGGAUGGGGCCGCGGGGAAUAGCCCGGGCCUCGAGCAGGUCUCAAAUAAGCCGUUUGCAUGCUGCAUACAGCAGUAUGGUGUCAAGGUCGAGGUCCAGGAAGGCGAGGAGGACGACGCCGGGGAGGGGAAGAGGUGGCAGAGGGUAUUUGGGCUCUUCGGGACGAAGAUUGCCAGUGAUUAGCUUGGUGAUGCAACAGUCCGUUGUGCUUCUUGGGCCAAGCCUGCUUCGGCUUUUUGUUUUCGUCGGGCGCAGUUGAGUAAGGAAAGGGGAUUAUGAUACCACCACGUCACUAAUGUCAGAUAGAAUCAGGGCCGACUUGAUUGCCCGUUCAGGGCUACUCUCAAAAAACAGCGUCGAUUUCA